AUGGACAAAACCUGUCGUAAUAAGGACAUCAACGGCGACAACUGCUGCUCCAACGAGGACUCCCACAGCACAUUCAACAUCUGCGAUCAAAUGACGCUAAGUUUGAUGACUCCAUCGAGGCAGACCCUCUUAUACAACACUCCAGCCGUUUUCAUUUGCAAAGCACACGUUUUGCCCCUUUACCUGAACGGCAGUGGAGAGGGCGAGUUGACAGUGCCGCCCCACAUCACUGUCAACGUCCAGUGGUUUCUUAACAACAAUGAACAUCUUGUCAACAACAAAGAGGGAACUAUUAAAAUCUGGCAAAGGGAAGAGAAAUUAAACUUAAAAAUGUCAGUUCUCAGACUGGCAGGAGCCUACGUGAGGAGGGCUGGCAACGUGGAGUGCAGGGCGUCAGUCGACCAAUGGAUUAAAUACGCUGGAAGUGCAUGGACUCGAUCGAAAGGAGUUAUCACUACUAGGUCAUUAACAAAACUGACUGUUCUCAGAAAUAUAACUGAAGUUAGAGGUUUUCCUAAAUUGCACAUGGAGCCAGUGGCCGGAGAUUUGUUGGCGUUAUCAGGUCGGCAUGUGCUACUAAAAUGCGAAGGCUACGCCAGACCUUCUCCAUCAGUUCUUUGGCUGAAAAAUGGAAUGGAACCCAUAGACAACCUUACUGACUCCAGAUAUGUUCUAUUCAACCCAGGUUUACUACGUAUAGAAAACCUUAGAAGAGAAGAUGCAGGACUUUUUGAAUGCAGGGCAAACAACACUUUUGGCACAAAUGUCGGCCAAAUAAAUUUAAUAGUCACCGAAGAACCUUGUGAUCUUAUUCAUUGCAAAUUUGGCGCCAAAUGUGUUUUUCAACGUGGUGAAGCCAUUUGUGAUUGUAUGCAUAAGUGCCUUCACGAAAAGCAGAACCUUCUUUGUAGUGAAGAAGGGGUAACGUACCAAAAUUACUGCGAGGUUCAAUUCGAACAAUGUCAAAAGCAAAAACUUAUAACAAUAAUUCACAGAGGAAAAUGCGAUUUAAGAACUAGAAAGCACGGAUCUGGCAGCAGCUAUAUUUCGUUCUUUAUGCCAAACACUUGAAAGGCUUUUUAUAAAUUUUUGCAAAUCUUCUUCUAGAUGUCAAUUUUUUCCACGGUUUUAAUAUAAAAAAGAAAUAUUAUACAGUUAAACUUUUUUGCCGUAUUUUUGUGUUGUUAUUAUUGCUAUAAUAAUAAUAAUGAGAACUCUUUUUUAUGAACAUCAAAUUCUAACAUCAUAUAACUUUCAUCGAAAC